AUGGACGCGACGACAGUCACGACGGUGGUUGUGGCCGCUGCCGUGGCUUUGGUGGUGGCUGCCCUGCUCGGCCGACGGCGGUCAAAGCCCGGCGCAGCCAUCCCUUUGCCUCGCUCGCGCCCCUCCAAAGUCGAGACGCAGAAGACAGGCCAAGCCUACCUGGUCAUCGGCGGCCACGGGUUCCUAGGUUCGCACAUUGUGGAGGCUUUGCUGGCGCGAGGUGAGGAAGACGUACAUAUCUUUGAUGCGGUGGAUUCACACCUGUUCAAGGACGAGCCCAACGUGUCGUUCAUCCGAGGUGACAUCCUCAACGAAGCUCAUCUGUACAAUGCGUGUUGCGACCGAGACGUCGUCUUCCACACCGCAGCGAUGCUCAACUACUGGUCGAGAUUGCAACACGAUUUUGAGCUCGUGAACAAGGUCAACUACGUCGGCACCAAGAACAUCAUCGAGGCGUGCCACAAGACCGGAGUUAAAAAGCUGCUCUUCCCCUCUUCCGCCUCCAUCUUCGUGACUUCCGACACUUUGAGAAAGCCCAUCCGUGGGCUGGGCGAGGACAAGGCAGUCUACCCCAAGGACCCGCUGUGCCACUACACCCACACCAAGAUGAUCGCCGAGAAGGCCGUGCUGGCGGCCAACGACGGCCCCAAUGGGCUUCUCACCGGCGUCAUCCGUCCCAACGCCAUCUACGGCCCUCGCGACUUCUUCUCCAAGCUGAUAGGAACGGGCUAUCCGGGCGUGGGCACGCUGAACAACAAGCAGGACUACGCCUAUGUGGAGAAUGUCGUCCAUGGCUUCCUCAAGCUCGAAGAGAAGCUCGCUCCUGGCUCGCCCGCUGCUGGCCAGGCCUAUUUUAUCUCCGAUGACGCGCCGGUGGAGUACUUCAAGUUCGCUAGUCAGUUCGGACGCAAGUUUGGGCACACCUUCCGUAUCAUCCCUCACUACGUCGCCACCGUCCUCGCCCACAUCGUUGAGUUCCUGGCUCGCCUUACCGAUGGACGACUGCCGCUGGGUCAGCUGACGGUGUUGACGCCCCCGACGCUGGUGGUGUCACGCGCCGAAUACUACUUCUCGGUGGAGAAGGCCAAGCGCGACCUCGGCUGGCGUCCCCUGUUCACCCCCGACGAGGGCAUCGACCUCUCUGUGCGCUACUACACCGCUGCCGCCGCCCCUUCGCCCUCCGACAAGAAGAACGACUGA